GUAACAACCUCGGCAACAACGAGAACCAGAGAAGGGUUAUUAGAAGGAAGCAUCGCUAGGGCGGGAAGAAGAGUCGGAAAUCGAAUCGAGAAACCAGAAUGGGUUUCCUCGAAGACUUCCAAGCCAGUUUUGAAUCCUUGCCAACACUGCUGGAACGUAAUUAUGGACUGAUGCGAGAGCUAGAUAAAAGCUUACAGGGAGUCCAGCAGCAGAAUGAACAACGUUGUGAGCAAGAAAUAGAGGAUAUUAAGCAGGGCAUUGAGUCUGGUAACAUUACUCGUAGUAGAUCAUCACUUAUCAGAUUUUCUGAUGAGGCUCUUGAUGAACAAAAGCAUUGCAUCAGGAUUGCUGAUGAAAAAGUGGCCUUGGCCACUCAGGCCUAUGAUAUGGUAGAUGCACACAUCCAACAACUUGAUCAAUACAUGAGAAAGCUUGAAGAGCUCCGGCAAGAAAGGGAACUUGCAACCGGAGCAGGUGCUGGUGCAUCAAAUGCUGAUGCUAGUACAAGAUCUCGAAGGAUUGCUGAAAGCAACCGAGGGGGGCGGAAGAAAUCACAAUUAGCAGUGGAGCCAGCAAGCAUAGGCCUGGAAUUGCCAGUGGACCCAAAUGAACCCACCUACUGUUUCUGCAACCAAGUUAGCUACGGGGAGAUGGUUGCUUGUGACAACCCUGAUUGCAAGAUUGAGUGGUUUCAUUUUGGAUGCGUUGGUUUGAAAGAACAACCAAAAGGAACGUGGUACUGCUCCAAUUGCGUUGGAAUUCAGAAACGUCGAAAAGGUAAAUGAAAUGGUUACUUCUGCUGACAGUUUGGAGCUGGGUUUGCUGCCAGGGAUGUAAAUGAGUAUGAGGACUUUCCGUGCUGGUGGUUGGGUCGGUCUCUGCAUCCAUACUCCCAACUGUGGUAAUUUGUGGAGGACAACCUUUUUCAGUACUCAAUGGCUGCUUGAUUGUUGGGAAAUCGCAGGCUGGAUUGUUGCUCAAGAAUUCAGGGUGGAAACAGGCAUUUUGGUCCAAAUUGGAGCUUAUUCCGCAUUCACUAACAUUUACUUUGGGUUUGAGCCAUCUGGCCACUCAAGCGUCGUUUGGUUAAAGCAAAAUAUAAAAUUGUGCAACUUUUAUCAAGGAAAUUAAUAUGGUUACCUGCAACUUUUGCACAUAUCCUACUAAAGCAAAAUAUAUAAUGGUGUUAUAUCUUGUACAAUUAUAAAAUAAAAAAUUCUGCAAUAUGAAACAUCAUUCAUUUUAUUCA